CCAGUGAUGACGUACAUCACGACUAGAGGAGUUUCGUUUUCGCCGGAUAUCUCGAGACCUGGAGGAGACAGAGCAAUCUUUACUGGACCUUUUUUCUGGGCCUAAAUCUUCCCUACAAAAAACGUCCAGUGAAGAUUUUCGUGCAUCAAGCGGUUGUCGAGAUAUUUCCAAUGAAGUGGCGGAGAGUGGUGUGUAACCCCCACCACAGACUCACAGACACUUUUUCGUUGUUUGUGGAUACAAUCAGCUCAAAUCAGAUGCAAUAACCUGACUAUACGAAGAGGAUCAUACCUGAUCAGCUAGUCAGUUGUCUUAGGGAGUUCGUACGUGAAAUCAUUGGGAUUUUGGUGAUUAGCUGAGAGAAAGAAAGAAUUUUUGUGAUUUUUGAUUAUCGAGGUGAAUAAAAAGUGGUGCUAGCUGGAUUCAGGUGGUGAGGGGUCAAAAUGGUUGUGAAGGUUUAUAUAUCUGGGAUCAGUGGGAAUAAGGAAGUGAAGAAGCGUCAGCAGAGAGUGAUGAUGAUACUUGAUAGCAAAAAUGUCGAGUACGAAGUAAUUGACAUCACAGAGCCAGGAAAAGAGGACGAUAAAGAGUACAUGCAGAGCAUGAGUAAUGCGAGGGAUAAUAAACAUCCAUUACCCCCCCAAAUCUUCAAUGAUGAGGACUAUUGCGGAGAUUACGAGGAUUUCGAUCUGGCGAAUGAAAUCGACGAGUUGGAGAAAUUUCUCAAGGUCAUUUCACUAGGGGACAGCUCAGUGGAAGGGACUGUUGAUCAGGACACAGAGGUCCACAGAGAUGUCAGACAAAAUGGAAAUACAUCGAGUCGAGAGGCAUCAACUGAUAAAGACGUCAGUGGCGUCCACUCCGAAAGUGAAAUGAAUGAGAGGCAGCACUCGACGAUGGAGGAUACCGAGGAUCAAUCAAAAACCGUCGACGAUGAAUUAUCCACGAAAUCUCAAGCUGAAGAUGGAGAAAUGGACGACAGUAUCGACAAAAACGAGGAGAAAUCUGACGACCAAGAGAAGGAAGAAUAAAUAGCAGACGUGCAUUCAUUUAAUUUUCUACUUUGUUCAUUAUUUCCAUUAACGUCGGGUUGACAAGUACUGCCAGAUAGACGGGACGAAAAUGUAAGAAUAACGAUAUUAAUUGCUGAGUAAUUAAUUAGUGAAGGAAUUGAGCGAAAGAAAUACCCCCAGAAAUUUCGUCCAGACUAUUUUCGAAAUAUCUCCGGACCGAAUGAGUUCGCAGAAAAAUGUCAUGAGACUUUUUUGUAGAAAAUUUCAAGACCUACGAAAUUGUUGCUUGGAAAUUUUUUUGUAGAGCUAGUGGUUUUCGAGAUAUUUCGGUAUUUGGUGUGAGGAUUCUUCUGGAGUUGUUUUCUUUUAUCGAGUUUGACAGAAUGAAAUAUCUCUUCCUCUUAAUUUGGUAAUCUUCCAUUUCGAUGAUAAUUGCUCAUGAGAAUUCAUCAUAAAUAGCAGAUAUCAACAGAAUGUACGUGUGGAAGAAAGCGGCCUAGUUCUUCUCCUAUAUUUUCUUUUUCAAUAACAUAAACUUUCUCAGUGAGAAUUGCUUUUAUAGGACACCCACAAAUACAUAAAUACUCAGUGGUGAAAAAACUCUGUGCACAAAAAUUAUUCGUUGUCAAUUGGUUUCAAAAGAUUGAAAAAAUAUUGGAGUGAUUAUUCCAGUAAUAAACCAAUAAAUCAGUUUCUGUCCGACUACAUCACGAAUCAAUUGUUCAAUUAUCGUGGUAACGAGUGGAUUUAGCUAAAAAAAUCGUACGUCUUCAUUUGUAGAGAAUUGAAUGAUCUACAGGAGAAGUCCUAUGAAUUUUUUUCCUAAACCCUCUCAAUCCCGAGAUAAUCGCAAGUGAAGAACAUUUUUCAUAUUAUCCAUGAAUUCGCAUCUUCCUCUGGAAUCGAUUAUCAUUAGUUAUUCCGAAUAGGAUUUGCACAUUAUCAUCCCCACAAAUAUUGCAAUUAAGGUUUAAGGUAAUGGAAAUGUUUAUAAUUAAUCUGAUGAGACAUAAAUGCCUGUGAAUGAAAAAGAUGAUAAAUAAUCGAGGAAUUUUAACGACUAAUUGGGCUUUAAUACGAAUUAGCUUUCUUCCUGGUAGGAGGGGGUGGGAAGUUGGAUGUUCUUACUUCCAGUUGUACAAUUUUCAUUAAUGGCUGUUAGUAUUUAAUGUUGCUCUGAGUCAUUAUGCAAAUUUUAAAUAUAUUGCGCAAUAUAUUUACAAAAUAAAGAAACAACUGUUAUAUAAA